CAGCUUCUGUUUAACAAUGUUCUCGUAGGCCUUUUUUGGACCCUGUGGUAAGUGGUAACGCAUCUAAUGGGUCUGUUUCCAAAAAUUCAAACCUCAGAUUCAACAAUCUUAAUGCCUUUUUUUAAUGUGCCAAGAGAUAUUGAGCCUUUUGACCCUAAUCCCUUUGAGCCGAAAGACUGGAACACUUGAAUUUUUACCCUCACGACAUCGAGAUUCAAACUGCUGACCGAAGCAAAUACCUUGGUGAUAACUAAGAAAAGUAAACAUUUCCUCUAAACAUCUUUAUUGAGUGUGAGGUUUGAAUUUGGAAUCACACUUUAACUAAUGUUUGAUAAACGAGAAGACAAAGUAUAAUGUCUAAAAUAUCUAGAAAUCUAGCGCAAGGAAUCUUAUAAAGCUUUAAAUAUUAUGAGCAAGGAAUUUCGCGGCGCCUUGAAAUGUGAGACCCAGUCAAGUAAGUGCGUAAACACUUUUGCAAUAAUAUACAAAACCAUCACAUGCAUUCAGUGUCCACCUCUCUUCUUUGUUUUCUUCUCUGGUUUCUAAGAAAAGUUGAUAAAGAAUAUCUUUACAUAGAAAGAAAGAAAAUAGAAAAAGUAAUUGUGAAAGCGGUUUUAAAAGAAGUAGUGAAGUACAAUGAAUUUACGUCGCCGCUGGAUCUCUUAAGCGGUCUGUAACUUUAACGAAGCAUCUUUCGUAUUCUGAUAUUUCUUUUCACAGAUUGGAUGAAACUUCUUUUUUGGGGGGUUAACAAAUGACACUUUUUUGCUAGUUUAGUUGUCAAGUUGCUGUCGUAGGUAAAGUUAAUCACAUUUAAUAAACAAAGUCGUUAACAAUGAUCAAAUCUUUAAAUUGACAAGUGGAUAAUGGUUUUAGACUCCUUGUGGAUUUGAUUUAAUAUCAAUUUUGUUACUAAACGCAGUAAUUAGCCUAAUUUGGCACUUCUUAGCAACAUUUUAAAUGUUUAACUUCGUUAUUUUUUAUAUAUUUGAAUUUAUUCUUUAUUAUUGAUGCAUUAUGAAAACCAAUGAAUGAAGUAGACGUGAAAACAAAUAUUCAAGAGUGUUUUAAGCAGUGGCAUAUUAUAUUGUAUACGAUUUUUUUACAAAACCUCCUAAAAGUUUAUUUAACUUAUUAACACACUUCAAAAUAUCGGCAUCAUAUAUUACACAUCUGAAAGUCUCUCCUAGUUAGCUAGACGAUUAGUUGGAGCCAGCUUCAUACCAUUUUUUUCAACUAGCUUCAUAUAUGAUAUAUACCAUAUUAUGACGUAAAGAACAUGAAUUCUAAUAGAAAGAUAACAAACAUUUAUAUUCAUUUUUAAUUUUUAAAGUGGGUCUGAUACUUCAUAAGAAAGAACCUUCCCUACUCAUCGCCAAAGUAACCCGUUAGGUUACAUUUAUAAAGCCAGGUUAACAUGAAAUUAAUAUCUCGAGAUUCUUUUAACAGAUAAAAGACAUUUCAAAUGCAUACGUUCUUCGAUUGCAGGCACGAUGCAAUUGGAUGAAGGAACGUGACAUAAAGCCAUAAAGGUUACAUAAAAAAGCAAGUGAUCCACUACAUCAAAUGGUCUAUCACCACGUGUCGAACUGUGGGGAGAUUACUCCUCCAUUAAGUAAACCAUAUAGCCGUUAAUUAAACAAUACGACAAGACUCAAUAUGCCACUCGUGACCUUGACCGUAACCUUUUGAGUGCACUCCUAUAUAAACCCUUCAAGGCUCUCACCACCAAUGUUCUUUUCCAUUCUAAGUAAGCAACAUCAUCUUAUAUAUUACUAUUCACCGUAAACGAAACACCAUUAUCAAUCUUUGUUAAAGCUUAUAGCUAUUACAAAGAAAAAAUGAAGAAAGUUAAGGCAUUUAUGAAACAGAUCACGAGUGCCUUCAAAACAAGACUCCUCAUGUUGUCCCUCGUGAAAGACAAGAAGCUAGGGUUCCGCUCAAUUUCCAACAAGAUCCACAACCUCCUAGGUCAUGCAGAUCAAGACCAAGACAACGACCACGACGAAGACGAGAGCAAGGCUAUAAUCCUCUACAAUAAUGGGGUAUCCACAGUGGCUAACCAUGAGAGUUACGAAGUACAGGAGGAAAACGACAAGUAUCCUGAUAUGACCCACAAGUUGUUCGAAGGAGAGGAGGAUUUUGAGGAGUUGGAGGAAUGUCAAGGAAAUUCUGUGAUAGAUAUGGUGAGGAGCUCGAAGGAAGAAGAAGGAGGAAGUUUCAAGCUAGAAGAUGAGAUCGACCAUGUCGCAGAUCUCUUCAUUUCAAGGUUUCAUAAGCAGAUGAAGCUUCAAAAACUCUUGUCAUUCAAGAGGUAUCAGGAAAUGCUAGCCCGAGGCACUUAAAACUCAUAUCUAUUUACUUACACAUGCAUGUUGCCACACAGAUAUGAAGAAAAAAAAUAAUAUUGUGUGUUCUUGAUCAUAAAUCCUCCGUGCCUCUUAUUUGCUAGGAUCAAAUAUUAUGAUCUAUUAAUGUUUUUUUAGUUAUCAAGCUAGGGUGAAAGAAGAUCUGUUUUGCAAUGUGUUUUCUCCUCGAGGUUAUAUAUGUCUAAGAUCUUUGAUGUGUUACAAUAUAAGACAUUACUCUUCUUCUUUUCCUA